CGCUUCUCACUGCUUCACAGUCAGUGAGAGCAUAAGGGUGUUACCGGUAACAGUGUUACUAGCGUGAUAAGAUGGCUCGGGGAAUUCUUGGACUGAUUGCAUCCUUGGCUCUUGCUAUACAGUUCACCAAUGGCGCACAAAGUGAUAGUAAUGCUUUUACAGAAAUCCUGUCCUCAUUAAGCUCGCAACUGUCCACCUCGUGUGACACUGUCGGCAUCGUGACUCAGGUUUUAAUACGAGAAAUUGAACAGAGAGUCAAACUGCAAGAAAAUGUCGAGACUCGACUUGCGAAACUGGAAGAAAAGGUUGCAAAGAACGAGAAAGUCCCUUUGAUCGCCUUCUCGGCCAGAGUAGAGCCACACAUCAGGGGCCUUACCAAGCAGCAAAAGGUAGCUUUCUCCGACGUCGUCACGAACCUAGGCAACGCCUACGAUCCGGUGACCAGCGAGUUUAGGUGUCCAGUGUCCGGCCUGUACCAUUUUGAGGUGACCAUUCUCAGUGAACCAGGGGAGAGAAUCGAGACAGAACUGAUGGCCGCUGGCGUGUCAGCCAUGAAAAUUUAUUCUGGAGCAGUGACAUAUUUCGGAUCUGGUGGAAAUUCAGUGUUGCUGCAGCUGAACAAGGAUGAUCGCGUGUUUGUCCGUCUUCAUCUCAGUACUGGCUCUAACAUUCACAGAAUGUGGAGUACAUUUGGAGGCCAUCUUGUUCAACAGAUCUAAUCACCAAUGUUAAAAAGAAAAAUUAUGUGCUGUUGUUCGAAUUUUCAAUAGAGAUGGAUCACAUUGUAUUACAGCCACGUGAUAAUCAUUUAAAGUGAAGUCAUUCUGUGAGUUAAAUCGAACAAUUCAAGCCUAUCGUCUUUCAAUGACCCUUUGUGUCAUAUGUGAGCGUUAAGUGUAAACCUUUGCAGACUGUCUCUCUUCUUAAAUACUUUAUGUAAGUGAAAAUCCACCAGAAAAACUUUGAAUCUUAAGAUCUGUUUACCAAUCAA